GAACAGCAGGCAGCUUUAAGAACCUGUUUCUGUGGCCUUUUAGCACUGAGUGGACUGUAACUGGGAUGAGUGGCCUGGUAAGCGGCGGUUAGCUGGUCAUGUAAAGAAUAAAAAGCAACAAAAAAAACGAAAUAAAAGAGAAACUUUACUUGUUGCUACCACUGACAAUUGGCGUUGUAUCAAAGUGCUUGAUGGCUGUUACAAAGGCUGCGCUCCCUUCCUUCAGCUCCUUCUCCAACUUUGCUCAAUCCAGUGACAAUAUGAAGGUGUGGAAGUCUGAGGGUGACUCUCUCCCUUUGGACUCUCUUAGCAACAAACUGUCACCAAGCAGCUCUGAGCAGCUGCAGUUCUCUAAAAAAACGACAGAAGAGCUCCUGGAUGACGACAGCCAAGCAUCCUGGGACAUUGAGUUCCUGCUGUCUGAUUGGAGCAGCCCAUCGCCUGACCUUAACCCCUCUCAGGACAACAAUGAUCACCAGCUGCCACAGUUGGACCCAAACACAGCGUACCAAGAGGUGACCCUGUUUAAGGACCAACCAGGACAGGAGCAUCUGCAGAUAAACACUGGCUGCCUCAUGACAGAGCUCCUGUCCCCUGCUGAAACCACAACAUCGGUCCAGCCGGAGCUGUACCACCAUGGUUAUAUCAACGACCAAACAGGUCAGGUUUCCUUCCCCAGUCUACCUAACGCCGAUCAAUUUGGGUUCACUCAGGGAGGCAGUGUGGAGAGGCACAGCAGAGGAAACCUCACUAAAGUCUUAUCAUGGGACUUGAAUUCUUACUAUUCCCAGCAACACCCCUCCAUGGUGACCUACCCCGACAGCAGGUUCAUACCACCUCAAAUCGUGACCCCUGACGCUCGACACUACAGCUACAUGCCACACUUUCAUCACAACGCCACCCUUUUCUGUGACUACACUCAUAGCCAGGCCACCAGUCAUCUGCCCCUUCACCAGCAGCCCCUGCUGGUUGGGCCACAGCUGCCCCCUGGUGGGGUGGAGGGGAAGCGUGGUCGAAAGGCUCCAGGGAAGAAGAGGCCCGCCAUCCACAGCUGUGAAUACCCUGGCUGCAGCAAGACCUACACCAAGAGCUCACACCUCAAGGCUCACCUCCGCACCCACACAGGGGAAAAGCCUUACCAAUGCUCAUGGGAGGGCUGCAGCUGGAAAUUUGCCCGCUCAGAUGAGCUGACGCGUCACUACCGCAAGCACACGGGCCAAAAACCCUACGAGUGUCUGCUGUGUCAGAGGGCCUUCUCCCGCUCCGACCACCUGGCUCUGCACAUGAAAAGACACACCUGACCUGAUACACACAC